AUGAGAAGUACUGCGCUGAUGUAUGCGGCUGCUGGUGGCCACUCUGACGUCGUCAUGGCCUUGUUGGAGGCCCAGGCCUGCCCCGCACUGGUGGACCAGAAGCAGCGUGCGCCCUUCGAGAUGGCUCGUGAGGUCGGAGCUGAAGCGCUUGCACGCUAUUUGCAGCGUACUGCUGAGCAUUGGCGGAGCUCGAACCCAAGCUCGAUGCUUGCACCUGCCGAGUGGCAGAAGCCAACAGGAUGGCGAGAGGCUGCGCCCGAGGUGGAUCAGGAAGGCUCGAAGCUCGCUGGCCUAACAGCUGCCGUUCAAGCCAGCCGCAGCAUGCAGGCAAAGGGGAAGAAGGUCAUCAUUGAAGUCCUGAGAGCAACAGGCCUUCAAGCUGGCAUGUUCAUCAACAGUCUGGAUCCCUUCGUGAAGGUGCGUGUUGGACAAGAGGUGCAAGAGACCCAGUACGUCGUCAGCUUUACAGAUCCAGAGUGGAACGAGCAGUUCGAGUUCUUCAUCAUGGGGACUGAGGUGAUCAUCUUUUCUGUGUGGGACUAUGACCUCACAGGCGGCGAGGAUCACGACUUCAUCUGUCGUGCCGAGCUUCCAGUCAAGCAUCAUGUCAAAGAGCUGUACAAGGGUCAGAAGGUCACGCUCGAGCUUCAUCUGGAGAACAAGACUCACGAUGAUGAGUCCACCCUGUUUGUCUCCAUGCAGCUUGCAGAUUUCGUGAAGGACCCUCAAAGGAGGAUUCCGGAGACUCGCAGAGUCAGCGAAGAUAGGCGGCCUGCACCUUCUCCUGCCGCUCCUGCCAGCAGCGGGGCCUUCCUGUGA